AUGCCAGAUCAUGCAAUUAUUUCAGGUCUCAAUGACGCCAAGAGGCUCACUUAUGUAAAGAGCAUCACAAAUACAAAGAGCCUCACUGAUGCCAAGAGCCGCACUGAUUCCAAUAGCCGCACUGGUGCCAAAAGAUGCACUGAUUCCAAUAGCAGCACUGAUGCCAAGAGACGCACUGAUGCCAAGAGCGGCACUGAUGCCAAGAGCCGCACUGAUGCCAAGAGCCGCACUGAUUCCAAUAGCAGCACUGAUGCCAAGAGCGGCACUGAUUCCAAUAGCAGCACUGAUGCCAAGAGUCGCACUGAUGCCAAGUGCGGCACUGAUGCCAAGAGCGGCACUGGUGCCAAGAGCGGCACUGGUGCCAAGAGCGGCACUGGUGCCAAGAGCGGCACUGAUGCAAGGAGCCGCACUGAUGCUAAGAGCAGCACUGAUGACAAGAGCGGCACUGAUGACAAGAGCGGCACUGAUUCAAAUAGCAGCACUGGUGCCAAGAGCCACACUGAUGCCAAGAGACACACUGAUGCCAAGAGACACACUGAUGCCAAGAGUCUCACUGAUGUCAAGAGCCACACUGACAACAAGAGCCACACUGAUGCCAAAAGACACACUGAUGCCAAGAGCUACACUGAUGCUAGGAGCCACACUGAUGCCAAAAGCCACACUGAUGCCAAAAGCCACACUGAUGCCAAAAGCCGCCCUGAUACCAAGAACAACACUGAUACCAAAAGCUGCACUGAUGCCAAGAUUCUCACUGAUUCCAAGAGCCACACAGAUGCCAAAAGCCGCACUGAUGCCAAAAGCCGCACUGAUGCCAAGAGCCGCACUGAUGCGAAGAGCCGCACUGAUGCAAAGAGCGGCACUGAUGACAAGAGCGGCACUGAUUCAAAUAGCAGCACUGGUGCCAAGAGCAACACUGAUGCCAAGAGCCACACUGAUGCCAAGAGUCUCACUGAUGUCAAGAGCCACACUGACGACAAGAGCCACACUGAUGCCAAAAGACACACUGAUGCCAAGAACUACACUGAUGCUAAGAGCCACACUGAUGCCAAAAGCCGCACUGAUGCCAAGAGCCGCACUGAUGCCAAGAGUGUCACUGAUGCCAAGAGCCACACUGAUGCCAACAGUCGCACUGAUGCCAAGAGCCACACUGGUGUCAAGAGCCGCACUGAUGCCAAGAGCCGCACUGAUGUUAAGAACACCGAUGUCAAGAGAUUGAUUGAUGACGAGAGCCUAAAUGACGAUAAGGGCAUUGAUGUUUCACAAGAGCCUCACUGA